CUCAAAUACUGCUUUACGGAGGGAGUAUUCGAUUGUAUAUACGGAGCAAUUUUGUCCAUCUCCUUUUUACGGUCUCUGUGGUUGUCCGCUAUUCUAACACUCGCCUCCCCUCUGGCCCAACAUGUCGAAGAUGUGGGAAGUCGACCCGGAGACGAGGUCAAAGCUCAUCCAGAUCUCCAAGACGAACGGCAAUGACCGAUGUUGCGACUGCGGGGCGCCGUCACCACAAUGGGCAUCCCCCAAAUUCGGAACCUUCAUCUGUCUCAACUGCGCCGGAAUCCAUCGUGGAUUGGGCGUGCACAUCUCCUUCGUCCGCUCCGUCACAAUGGACGCCUUCAAGAACGCCGAGAUCCAGCGCAUGGAAAAGGGCGGUAACGAGCCGUGGAAGGUCUUCUUCGAUGCCCAUCCUCUAACCGUUUCGGAGGGACGAACAUUCGAGGACUCUACCAUCAAGGAGCGCUAUGAGGGCGAAGUCGGCGAGGAGUGGAAGGAGAGGUUGACGUGCAAGAUCGAGGGGACAGAGUACGUCCCUGGACAAAAGAAGAAGCAGCCAGAGCCUAUCAGUUCAAGAUCCAGCACGCCAUUGUCAUCCACCGCAGCGGGGAUGACCUCGUCAGCUACGCUAGAGAGGUCAGGGAGCAGAAAGGAACGCAACGAGGCGUAUUUCGCGAAGCUGGGUAAUGACAAUGCCACGCGGUCCACCAGUCUUCCGCCAUCCCAGGGUGGGAAGUAUACGGGUUUCGGAGGUGGUCUGCCGGUUACUUCACAGAAGGAUCAAGCUGGCAUUCCUGGUAUCGACGAGUUCCAGAAGGAUCCCAUGGGCACCUUGACGAAAGGGUUCGGUUGGUUCGCUUCGACCGUUGGAAAGAGCGUCAAGACAGUCAAUGAAUCCUACCUCCAGCCUACGGCUAGACAACUAGCGGAAUCCGACUUGGCUGCUCAGGCUCGCUUGCAUGCUGCUCAACUGGGCCAGAACCUGCAGACAGGAGCUCGUGGUGCCGCUGAUACCUUUGGCCGUUUUGUCGAGGGUCCAGACGGUCGUCGGGUCGAGCCUGAACGGAAGGAAUUCUGGGACGAAUUAUCCUCUAUCGGCGCCAAAGAGAAUCGGAAAAGCACAUCUUCCAUCGGCACAGCAGCCAUGAAACGCGGUCCUUCGUCCAGCAUUAGCAGCGGAUUCGGAUCAACCGCGACACCAGCACAGACAACCUCGUCAUCCUCAACAGGGAAAGAUGACUGGCAUGAUGAUUGGUAGAGUUGAAAUUUUGUCAUAUAGCUGUUCUUCUAGUUACUUAGCGCUGCAAUUUGGUCUCUUCUUUUUUUUUUCAUCAUCGUCGCUCAGUCAACGUUUUUUAUUUUCUGGUGCGUUAGUAAUGAUUGUUUUUGGCAUUGACUUGCUUUUUUUCUUUUUUCUCACUCAUCCUGGUCAUGAAAUGGACCUAUUGGC